UCGUCUCUUCUCGCUCGUUUCUCCUCUGCUCUGUCUUUCUUUGUGUUUCCCCGUCAAGCAAUCUCGCCCAUAUACUCUCUGUCACUCGCUUUAGCCAUGGUGCACCACCGCAGAAUGUCCUCUAUCAAGGCAGUCCACGCCGUGCCCUCUUCAUAUUCACAGUCCCUCUCCCACUCGCUCCCCACGAAGCCUCUGGAGGAGGAGAACCCGGUCCUCAGUGCGUCGGGCGUCAGCAUCGCCGCAGUUGUCGCUUCUGCAGCAACGGCACUUGCCCCUAUCGCAUCGGCCCUCCCCAGCAGCAUGCGUUCCUCAAUGAGCCUCGACAGCGACGACGACAACAUGUCCUUGUCCUCUCUCGACCUCCUCACCCCCUCCACUCCCGGAACACCCUCCAAGUUCUUCCCCCACCCACCUCGCUUCCCCUCCAGCAGCAGUAUUACCGCGUCAACAUCGCGAACAGCACUCAGGAGAGCCCAGCUCACCUUACGGAGAUUAACCUCGCGUUUCCUUGCAAUGCUUUCCCCGACUGCACCUGGUCUGCCACUCAAGUCACCUCACCUCUCGCCCUCGUCCUCACAUUCAUAUCUCGCAUCAUUGCCGACUAGGACCCAUGCACCUGUACGCCGAAAAGCGACAUUCCUUGCGCUACUUGCUCUCAUUGUGCUUUCCGCAUGGACGCUCUUCACAUCGUCACUAACCGACCGCGAAUCUAGCACGCGUCCCUACGCUAAUGGUAUGGUGCUUGGGUGGAAGGACUGGCGCAAUAAAGCUCAACAUCGCGAGGCAGAAGCUCAUAAGAGUCUAUUAAGCAGUCCAUCGUUCCGUGCUGCCGUAUUAUCAGAAUCACCCGACGCGUUUUCCAACUCACAUACCCCUUCGCGACCAUCUGCACUCGAAUUAACGCCUGCCGACGAGCUUGCAGCGCUCACGGCAUUCAUGGCUGCUCUUCCCUGGAAUGCUCUUCCUUCACAUAUCGAUACCUCCGUUCCUCUAGACCCGAAUAUCAUCCUCGACUUUGACCCUUCUCAUCCACGUGCUCGCGACGAGCUUGCUGAGCUCCGACGUGAGACCUGGCAGCUUAACCCCCUCGUGCUUUUUGGAAGGUCCCGACAUGCAUCGACACGUGAAGUCCGUAGUGCGUUGGAGAAGCUGGGUGUAAACGUGGAUGGAAUGAUGCAGGUGAAUAUGAAUGAACGCGUGGACGGUGAUCUCGUUAUGGGUGUUCUUCGGCGCGUUCUUCCGUCUCUCGAUUCUAUUUCGGACAGGUCAGAAGUGGACUUACCGUUCCUUCUAAUUAACGGACGACCGAUUUAUGGUGAAGACGUACCAACACUCGUGGAGAGCGGGGAGAUGGUACGGUUAUUACGCGAUGCAGGUGUACGAUUAGUGGUCGGUGGGAAGAAGAAAAAGGGACACUGAGUGGAUAAUCUCGGUGCGCUCUCUUUCUUACUGUGGAUGGAGAGGAGGGCGCAGGCCGCCCGUAUCUCGUCUGUCGGCCGAACAUUGCUCAUGCAUCGUGUAUCGCGUGCUGUGUCUGCACAGUACGACCUACCUCGUGUUUCGUGCGAACUCGGUGGAUCGUCUCUCGGCUUCACUUCGUGUAUCGGGGCACGACUCAAAUAGUGAUGUCAUCCCACCAGGCCUCUCAAUUUAUCGUGGUGAUAUACUUAGGUUCAGACGUUUCGGCGCGCGUGUUGUCGGACGUCUUUCGCCUGCAUUCAUUCUCGCUUUCAUUCAUUCGUUCAUAAGUUCUUUUCGUUCAUUUCUUAACCACUUUCACUUUUCAUACUCACAUACAUAAUUCACCACUCCUCCAGACCGUCUCUUUCUCAGACAGACGGACGGACGCGUGUACAUACGGUUAACAUCAUCAUCUCCCUGGUUUUCGGCUUUUACCAUUUCGUCCCUCGGCUUCUCGUCCUAUUUCGUACUCGGCUCUUGAUCCUCGUUUCGUACAUGGUGCUCGUUCGUACUCUUCCGCUCACCUCAUGCUUCUCAUCUACCUCUUCUUCUCCUUGUCCCGUCUUCUACUAACUACUCCGACUCCGACAUCUUACUCCACCCUUCUCACCUCCCUCGAACCUUUAGACACUCCUCCCCUCCUCCCUUCCACCCACCCCGAACUUCUCAC